CCGGGAUGGCCUCUCUCAGGUUUCUCUCUGCCAUGUGCUACUCCAAGCCCAACCUGCCCAACGCUGUCUUUUAAUAUCCAAGCCAAGACGCCAAAUCAUCUGUACUCGAGAUUCAGGAAUACGCUGCCUGACGCUGCUCCUAACAUUCCGGCCGAGAAUGCUUCUUGGAGAUCGACGACUUUCUAACGGAGACGCGUCGACGUACGUCCAUCGACACGACACGGAGAAACGCGGAAGGUGUCACGUACGUGACGUCACGAGAGGAGUCAGGACUGUCAGGAGAGCGCGUACCGUGAGCAAAGAGACGUCGAGGAAGUUGGCGAAAACCGUUCGUCCGAGUCGGAGAAGCCUCGCGCGAACGACAUGUCGUUCCUACGUGGGUCCGCCAACUAUGUCUGGUGCACGACCAGCGUGCUCGGCAAGGGGGCGACCGGCGCGGUGUUCCAGGGUGUCAACAAGAACAACGGGGAACCGGUCGCGGUCAAGACUUUCAAUCAGCUGAGCCACAUGCGGCCGCACGACGUGCAGGUGCGGGAAUUUGAAGUCCUGAAGAAGGUCAAGCACGAGAACAUCGUGAAGCUGCUGGCGAUCGAGGAGGAGCAGGACGGCAGGGGGAAGGUGAUCGUCAUGGAGCUCUGCACCGGCGGCAGCCUCUUCAACAUCCUGGAUGACCCGGAGAACACGUACGGCCUCGCGGAGAGCGAGUUCCUGCUGGUGCUCGAGCACCUCUCAGCUGGCAUGAAGCACCUGCGCGACAACAAUUUAGUUCACCGUGAUUUGAAGCCAGGUAAUAUAAUGAAAUUCAUCGCUGACGAUGGCAGUACGAUAUACAAGCUUACUGACUUCGGAGCAGCUCGGGAAUUGCAGGAGGAUCAGCAGUUUGUUUCGCUGUACGGCACUGAAGAGUACCUGCAUCCGGAUAUGUACGAACGCGCGGUUCUGAGAAAACCCGUCGGCAAGACCUUCGGUGCGACCGUUGAUUUGUGGUCCAUAGGUGUGACUCUCUAUCACGUUGCGACGGGUAAUCUGCCGUUCAGGCCGUUCGGCGGGCGAAGAAAUAAGGAGACUAUGUUCUACAUCACCACGAAGAAGGCGUCGGGCGUGAUAUCUGGGCUGCAGACUUCGGAGAACGGGCCAAUCGAGUGGAGCAGGGAAUUGCCGCAGACCUGCCAGCUGAGCACGGGCCUGAAGAAGAUAGUGACUCCGCUGUUGGCCGGCUUACUCGAGGUCGAUCCGCAAAGGAUCUGGAGCUUUGAGCGAUUCUUCAGCGAGGUCACAGACACGCUUUGCAGAAAACCCGUUCAUAUAUUUAACAUUCAUAGAGCCAGCUUGAUUAAGGUCUUCCUACAUCCAGAAGAGAAGCUAGUCGCUUUGCAAAUACACAUUCAGGACCAGACCGAAAUUAUGCCUCACGCGCAGAUUCUUCUUCUCGGGGAGGUUCCCCUCACGAAUCUCGUCGAGGAGUCUACGCCAGGCAAGGGAUAUCCCAAUACUAGCAACGACAAACCAUUGAUGCUGUUUUCGCGAGAGAAUAACAACGUCGUGUUGCCGACGGAGACCGAGCUGCCUAAAUUUCCCGUCUUCGCGAAUCUCGUUUCCGUAGAGAACGACGCGAGCCAAGCUAAAGUCGCGUGCUCCGUAGGACACGUCUGUAAACGUAGAAUCGACAAACUGGCUUUGUGCAGCAAAUUGUCACGGGACGCCAUAGACGCGUUCAGCGGUCUCUUAUCUACGGAGCUUACUCGAGUGUUGGAAAAAUGUCAGCAUUCGAAAGAAUUUACAAAAGCGGUGGAGGAUACUGUCCUGGCGGUAGAGAGAAGCGAGACCUUUGCCAGGCACGUGUUCCGAAAGUUUGGCAGUCAAACUGCGGUGGAGGUCAAAAGCUGGCGAAAAGAAUUAGACGUGAAGAGCAAGGAACUUAUGAGCGAACUGACUCCAGCAAUAGUGCAACUUCAUCAGAGAUAUGUAAAAGAGGGCAGCUUGCGUGGAGAAUGGGAUAACAGUACUCGCGGUUUGUGGUGCCCGUGGGCCACGAAAGCGAGCCAAAGGGCAGCGACGUUGGUCGAUCGCCUGAGGGAUGGGUGGCAACAUUUACUGAGGGACAGGGCUACUCGUAGUCUCACUUACAACGACGAACAAUUCCAUGUUCUUGAACGCAUAAAGGUCACGGAAACGGGACGUCGAUUGAAAGCGCUUCUCGAGACGGAGUGUAUACCGGCAAUGACGCAGCGAUCCGAGUGCGUCGCCGAUUGGUAUAAAAUGGCACAAACAGUCUUCCUACAGACUCAGAUAUUAGACAAGGAUAUCGACAGUUACGAACGCGUGCUGGAAUCGUUCUCCUAUCGUUUGUCGCAAGAGAGCAAGGAGCGCAAUGAGAAUCUUUUGCACUCGUUGGAUAGGCUGCCCGGCAAAUCGAAAACGAUCGAAAAAACGAGCGUGCCAGUGCAGGAAAGCACGAAGAAAUGGCGCAACAUCUGUGACACGCAAGAACACAUCGCGAUGCUACUUUGUGAAAACGGUCUGCUUAUAGACCAACUUGACCAUUUGUCAACAAUUGAGAGGAUGGAAGAAGACAUGGCCGAUGCGGGAUAUGAAUUUUAAUAUACGCGUCUAUCAUUUCUUUAUCAAUCUGACAAUAAUUACGAGAUAAAGACUGAAACUUAGACCGGUAUUCAUAGUCGGUUCUUAUAGUCAUUAACCAAUCACAAAGCCGUAUUAGUAUCUUAAGACUUAAGACGGUCUUAAAAUAAAAACCGACUAUGAAUACCGGCCUUAGAAUGUAUAUAUUAGAACUCCGAUAUAUCCGUACGAUUUGUUAGUGUAUAAAUUGUUAAGGUAAAUGUUAAAUAAAUUCGUACU